AUCGCAUCUUACACUUUCGCCGUUGCUCAGAGUGGCAGGGGACUCCCUGUUGCUUUCUUAUGCGGUCCCGCUUUCACGUGUCCUGAUCCGCAAGACGUCGUUUUUUGCCUCUCAAGGUGGCGAAAAGGUGGCUGCAGCCACCACCCCUCUCACCAUUCGAGUAUCAGCUCGGCUUCAGCUCUUGACGCAGCAUUUUGCUCUUUCGAUCAAAGGACAUCCUUAAUCCACCUGACCAAUCACAAGGCAAGCCCUGCUUAACUUGCAAUCCUCAGCUGCUGAAUGAAGUUCGCAGUUUUUACCGUCGCCGUUUCAGCAUCCACGCCCGGAGAGAGAAGUGGAGGUGUGUCUCGCUAGAUAGGUAUGGUUGCGCGAGCCGUACUCCACGGCUUCGGAAGACGCGACAGGCUCCGAUGAAAUACGAACCCAGAAAAACUGCGAAAUACGGGAAGCAUCCACCCGAAAUGCCCCUUCUUUGAAGUUUCGCCCUAUUAUCGAGUGAUUUGCAGUCCUCGCAUUCCGAUGUCCCUGUUUCUUGGAGAAGCUAUUUUCUCUGGCAUACACACCAGGCCCUUGAGGACGGAGAGGGACGCGGCCCCCGCGACGCCCACAUCUAUGUUCACCUCUGUUCUAUUCCCGAAGGCGUAUGAAGCAAUAUUCUGGACCAAAGACCAAACCAUGCGAAAUUCUCCGGAAAAUCCGCAAAUGCGUUAGAGCUCACGGGAGCAGCUCUAUUAGCAGAUUCCGAUACCUACAACACCGCGAUUCGCAUGCACGAGACCUUUGUUCAGGAUCUUUCUCCGGCACCCCCCCCGUCCCCGCCCCCCUGUCUUGUGAGUCUGAUGUGCCUCAGAGCAUUCCAGAAAACUACCAUAAAAACGCAUCUACAGAGUACACACCAGACAAAAGCUAUUCGUUUUCAUAGGCUAUCGCAGCCCUUCCCAGUGAUACAGCGAAGGGAACUGCUUAGUGCGGCGGAACGUACGCACAUUCCUUGGCGUCUUCGCGUCUGUGGUCAUACCGGCGUCUUUUCCUAGUAAACUACAGGGUCAUGCAGAAACUCCAGAAAAGAGAGAUUGCAGCUGUUUUUCGCCCCUUGAGAUACAGAUCUCGUGGUUUCAUGUACUUGAACUUUUGGUGUACGUUUUACUGGAUGCCCCGAGUAGACGGCUAGAUGAUCGGGCAUUUUCGAUAGCCGUUUGAGCAACUUCGACGUCGUUGGUCUUGUCCUUGCUACAUCAGGUUCAUGCAGAUCAGACGCGCUGCCAGCACAUUCUGAUGACUGAUUCGUGUGUUACGUAAACUAAAAUAUCGCCGCUAAAUCUCUUUUGGAUGCAGCUGCCUUGGCGAGCAGCAGGUCCCUGCUCAGAAUCUGCGUGUUGAUCCCCAGCAGCACUGCCAUAGGUGGGAUGAGGACCACGUUGUAAGCCUGUUAGUUUCACAUGCGUUGAUUCUUACAUUUAAUCGAUUCGCGCAUAUUUCUCUAUGCUUCCCGAUUAUAUCCUGAUUUACACCUGUUCGGGUUUAUCGCCCGCAUGUCUGCGCACGACGCGAUCGAGUAAACGUGCAAGCAGCGUCAGCUUAUCGUCUUUUGUAUGACGUUGGUUUGUCCAGGAUCAAGCUGCCAUAGGUUCAGCCCAUACAAGCUUGCCAACAAGAAUUAUCCACUACCAGCAUCGCUUGUUCUAUUCGGAACGCCAUCGAUCUGCCUGACCUUUCUCCCCAAGGUAGCCGGAGCCCGCCCCCCCCCUCCCUUCCCAACCUUCUACGCAUGGACGACGCUCCACCAAAUCCCAUAUGUCGUAACAUUUCCUUAUCGUUCCGGAUGUGCAAUUGCUGGCAGGUGCUUUUGAUAUAGUUUCUUUCAAGGGGGAUCUGGACUUCUCAGUGGUUUCUCACAGAGGGGAGACGUCCACCUCGUUUGAAGCCAACGUGAAAGUGCCGAACUCUUAGGGGGUGGUCACACCUGUAUCAUUAGCCAAAGGGAACUUCACCUCCCCGCACUUUAUGCCAACGAUCGGAUGCUUUUAGAUAAGUCGCUCCAGGUGCGAUAUCUUGUGGACUUACGGGGUCUUCCCAGCCCCGAGAACUGGCGCCUGAGCAAGUCGUUCGCUAGUGCCGUUUCUCGCGCGGUGGUUUCUUCUCUGUAUUCGGCAGCUCAGAGAUCGCUGAUCCUGGGCACUUUCGUCACACUCAACCACUGUCUCCUUUCGCCGGUAGUCCCUAGUGAGCAUGGCAGACCUGGGUCCAGCAGUUGUCACAACGACGGCGCCGGCCAUUCUGGGCGGCUACACGGGAUCGGCGUUUGACUUAACCGCUUCGCCUAGGCCGGGAGGCUAUCUGUCGUCUUGUCACCCCCACAUUCGAAAUGGGAAUCCGCGGAUGCGUGUCACCGAGGCGUCUGCUCCCACCGGUGCCUCUUCUAAGACUCUCGGCACCGCACAAAGUCUUCCCGGACUCCACGAGCAACCAGCGAUGCCUCUUCCCGGAAGCUUACCGACUGGUACGUCUUUACUUCCAAUGGGGUCGCUGUCGCCGUUCCCCUUCCAGUCUUACUCAAAUGAGGCCUUCACGCCUUCUCCACCUUACACUUCGAAUGACCUGCAAAGUGCCGCCUACCGGUGGUCGGCAACAUGUGCUUCUGCUCCACCCUCACACGCCCUCUUUGGCACAUGCGAGGGAGCCAGCACCCUCGCGAGAGGCGGAAUGACGAGGAGGACGUCGACAACCAUGGCGGCAUCCAACGCGAGCAGCACGAGCGCACCAGCGGGCCUUUGGAGAACGGGGACAACAGCCGGAACUGUGACAGAACUUCAGGGCGGAACCGGCAGCAUCAGCAGCAAUGGCAACCACGCGCUUCUCCAAGACCCAUCGUCGAAUCCUGAGGUGGCCGUGUGCGUAGCCGCGCCCGGAGGCAUGAGCGCAAAAGCUUCAGCAGCAUCAGCGCCACGCGUCUCUAGCAAGACAUGCACCAAUAGUGUGGACAAAGGAACUUGCUCGGAACGACUGACCGCGGAAAGGACUUCUUCCGUCGUCAGACAGAUCCAGGACAUUCGCCACCACUACACUAUGGGUCGAAAGCUGGGCUCUGGCUACACUGCAAGUGUUUAUGAGGCCAAGUGUCUCGCCACCCAACAAGUUGUCGCCAUCAAGGAUGUCGACAAAAGCCGACAGAGGCUGAUCGCGUGCGACUCCUACUACCGUGCCGUCUACGAGAAGCUUGCCAAGUUACCCCCUCAUCGUCACCUUCUGCUCCCUCCGAUUGCACUUCUGGAAACAGAGACACAUUUCUAUAUUGUCAUGGAGAGAUGUCACGGGAGCGACAUGGUAGAGUAUGUACUGAAACAUCCUCCAGCUGGGAUCAGCUCAUCAGCGUGCAAGCGCCUCCUGCAGCAGCUCCUUCUGGCAGUGCAUGCCCUUCACAGCCACAAUGUUCUUCACCGAGAUAUCAAGCUCGACAACAUCAUGUUUCGUUAUCCUUACACGGACUCACAGCAGUCCAGAAAUCGCACCUGCAACUCUAGCCUAGGCAGCGAGGUGGCGCUGAUCGAUUUUGACAUGUGUCUCCUGCUAGACCGUCCUGGCCCUCCUAAACCUCUCACGAACGCCAACGAGAUAUCUGUUGUGGGCACGCGGGAGUACAUGGCGCCUGAGUGCUACAAAGGGAACUACAGCACGGCGUCUGACAUGUGGAGCAUCGGUGUUAUUCUCUACGUUUUGAUCGACGGCCACUUCCCGUUCGACGUCAACAACUGCACAAAGAAACAGAGUGGCAGCGGGGCCAAGCAGGGUGCCGCAAACGGCACAGACAAGUCAGGAAGCAGCAGUCGAGAUAUCCGACGCCGACUACGCCAGGGGGUGCGUUUUGAGCAGCGGAUCAAGGACCGCCAUCCUCUGGCGGUUGACCUCAUUCAGCGUCUCUUGACCUACGACCCGAUUCAGCGUUUAGGCACAGCGUACGAGGCCCUCUGUCACCCCUGGUUGACGGGGAUUGCUCCUCCGAUGCCUCGAGUGGACGUGGGCAGUCUCCCAGCUCUUUCGAACGCUCUCCCCACUUGGCAGUUUGUUCCUUCGUCGGACCAAGCGGUGUCCUGCUACAGUCUACCCCAGCAACUCGGACGCAAUGAGGCAGCGCGCAUGCAGCAAGGGUGGCCGGGCGCAGGCGGCCCUGGAGCUGCAGUCUCUGUCUCUGCGGGAGUGCCGGAAAGGACCCCUGAAGGCGCCUUGGUCGUUCGUCCAGGCGGGCCCAGUGGACCCGUCGAAAACCGUCUUGGGGAGAGGGGAGAGAGUGCAACUUCGAAUCGGAGCGCCAACGCGGCAGGACACAGUCAGGGAGUUUCUCACAGCGCAAGAGCCACGCCGAUGGGAGUGGCGCCAUCGGCGGCAGAGGAUUGUCUGGGAGAGAACUCGUCAGCGGUUGCAGGAAACGCAGCUGGAAGCUCCGCGCGAGGUCGAGUAACCACGGUUCAGCAGAAACAGCUGGCGACUACCGCAAUGCGCCUCAGCAGUCAAGCGCAAAUCUCUUUCUUAGCUGCUUCUCUGGGUCUCGGUCGAGACAAUGCGGAACACUCAUCCCCGAUGUUUCUCGCUGAGAGCGCCUCUAGCGAGAUGCUUGCAGAAUAUACGAAUUCGGUGUCUGGCACUGGACGGCAUGACGGUCCCCCUCCGACAGAGUGGGCUUCGCAUGCUACCUCCGCGUCGCAGCGAUUUCCUCACGGCGAAAAUUUCCCGUACACGACUUUGCCUCUGACAAAUGACUCGAGAUGUCGGGAAGCGCCCGAUGUGUCUGCUACCGCUUCUGCCCUGAGUUUCUUCCCGCCAAAAUCUGCGACCUCCUCGCGACAGUCUGAGCGCGAUGCUCAUGCCGUUGCCCACCCGCAACAAAUGAGAAGUGUCGGAGGGCCUCAAAUGCUAGGUGGAGCAGGGCAACAAGAUAUGCGGCUCAUCUUCCCAGGUCUUGCAGAUGAUUCCAGCAUGUUCCUCACGGCCGCGUCCACAUCAAAAGGACCGGAGACGACUGAGACGCCCGGUUCCUCCGACUUUAUGUCUUCCCCCGAGGCCUCGUCAUCGGCUUAUUUCGCCUCGCGGGCAGGACGAAGCGUACCUGUGGUACAACACAUCUCGCUGAGAAAUCAAACUCCAUCGGGGGACUCCACGAGUGCAAGUGCGACCGACGUCACGUCUUCUCCGCAUUUCUUCAGUUCUUCACAAUCGACAUUGGGGCUGUUGCAAGGCGAAACAGCUGCGGGACUGGCGAGCAGUCGAAGCGCGUGGCGCAAAACCGCCACCACUCCGCAGACCAAUAGUGCAGACCAAGGUGUAUGUACGCGCGAAGGAGUGUUGGAUGCGGGCCAGCCCGGACUCGAAAGCGCGCUAAAAUCGUUCAUGACAAAGGCGCAGUGGCAGGGUCACGCGUCUGUCGGACGCCUCAUGAAAGUGAAUGCGCAGAAGCGCGACCCACAGGUGAAGGGAGGGAAUAUGAGUGGCAUUCCGUCACUGAACUAUCUGCAGGGUCACGUUGUUGGUUGCCAUCUCCAGCCGGCUCAGCAGACAGCGGAGAAGAUGGCCGGCGGCGCCCGGCUCAUGUCGACACAGCAGCCCCCGGAAGCCGUGGAAGGGGUCUGAGGGCGAAGUUUUAGCAUGCUGCUAAUUCCGGCGGUAUUUUGCUGAUGGGAUGCCUCGCAUCCAAAUUGGCGUUCGCGAUCAGCAUGUACAGUAUCUCGGCGAAUAUGUACGAGGUGUGCUAUUGGCGCUAACUGCCUAGCGGGUGCCUCGUGCUGGACUCGCAGAGGGUGUGCCUGCAAGGGCAAUGCACGGGCUGCGGGGACAGCGAAACGAACUGUGUCGCUUUUCUUCAGCAUUUCUCCCUGUAGAUUAGGGGAUCGCAUCGAUGUCUUGUUUGAUGCCAAGGGUGAGCGGUCGUAAUGGAGGACGAAGUGUCUCCUAACUUUUGAAGCAACCCGUCUAAAAGGGAGUGGAGAACCGCGUUUACAGCUUCUGAAAAAAGGUUGUGCAGCUGCGCUUCGCCCGGAGACAGGAUGCUUGGCGGCUCUGCACCGGACCUUCACGCGUUUUGUUGUCUCGCCAACUUUGGAGUGUGUGAAGGAACCGGUAAAUGGUGCAGUGUAGCAGGACGGGGGCAUUCUUGGGAGGAUGGCUGAGGCAUCUUGCAGUGAACAUAGCACUGCUUGCGUUUUCUAAGGAACGAAGGGAGGAAACCACUCUUACACCAGCGGCUUUGUGAGGCAUCGUCUCGGACAUGGCGCUGGCAGGGCAAGGCCCCUGAGGGAUGGUCCCGCCGCUUGGAUAUGGUCCAAGUUUGCGGGACAGACAUAACCAGAUGUGUGGUCUGGUUGUUUUUGUGCCACUGACAGUCAGAGGCAUUCAAUGCGUAUCAAGGGAAAGUCGCAGCCAACGCGUUGUGAAUCUUGUCAUUUCCGAAUCGUGGGUGUCGCUAGUUGUGUGCGUGCUGUCUCAAUCGGUGUGCUUCAGAGGGAAGGGGAGAAUUGUUUCUUUCUCCCCAUUUUUUGACUGCGUGUCGCCAUUGGCGAGCGUCCUCUUCUUCGUGAAAUUGAAACGGUAUGAGAUCUAAACUUGUUGGUGCCGUGUGAGUCCCAGCUCAAAACUGCUUAUCAAAGAUUCGCC